AUGCUGAACCAGACACGUCGCCCGCGCCCCCCAGGCUCACGCCGCUCGUCUGCUGCACACACGACAACUCUGCGCACGCCUGCCGCUGAAGCGCCCUCAUUACCGACCAAGCGUUAUACGCCGCGAAGCAGGGCCAUUCCUGGAGUUACGACUGCUGCGUCACUGAUCGAGCCAGAAGACACCCCGUCCCGGUCACGAGCUCGGCCCUCCUCCCUCCUGUCCGACUCAUCGUUACCCUCGCCACCGCCGCCGUAUCGCGGUCUUCCUCCCCUGUUCGCCAUUCCGCCGCCGCCCCAAGUCCUAGAGUCUGGGCCUUCCUCGGUCCGGUCGAGUAUGCUGGAGGGCGAGGAGCAUGAGGCCGAUUGGGUCGACGAGGAGGCUGCGCAGAGCACGUUAACGCUGCAGGGUCUUCGGCGCCUUAUCGCGGAACAGGAGAGGGAAGAGGAGAACGGUCUGGACCCGCUCGUCGCGGCGCUCGGCAGGCUCGAGUCGGGAAGUUUGCGUCAUAAUAGGUCGCCAGCCGCCGCCAUGCCAGGUAUGAUCGACUUAGGAUCGUCCCAGCCUUCGCCGCCCAUCAGCCGUCGUUCCACCGUUAGGGCGUUCACGGCACCGACCCCCAAGCCACGCAUCAUCAGCAACGGAGAGCUCCGCCAGUCGCUUGCUCGCGCCGAGGCCCAGGCUGACGAUGAUGAGGCCCGGAUAGCAGCCCUGGAGGCGGCCCUCGCCGAGGCUCGCGAGAGUGAGGACGCCCAGCGCAAAGCCGCCGCCCGUCUUCGUCGCGACCUGUCUACCGUCAAACGCCAGCUGCAGUACGCCGAGGACAUCGCCGCUGAGCAGAAGACACUACCGCAGGCGCCGCGCUUCCGCGUCGCAUCUCGCAACAGCACACCCGUGCUUGCUCGCAAACUACAGCGCCGGCAGAAGCGCCUCUCGGCUGAUGAGCGAUUAGGCUGGGGCGUUUCGUCUUUCCCCGAAUUCCCGAGCCGGCUGCAGGAGAGUGACACGAGCGUUGUCUCACAAGACGAAGUGUCUCAGGUCCUGGGUGAGACGCUUGAUCAGCUCUCCGAGCUCGACUCGUGCAAGCACGAGCGCUCGCUUGUCAUGGAAGUCAACGAUGCCGAAAAGUCGGACAGCAAGUCUGAUAUCAAGUCUGAAUCGGACACAAACCAGGCUACGUUACGUGGCAAACCCCCGAUGCUCUCGGAUGCGGACGCCGAGCCAGAGGCUGCCCAGGACGGUCCGCUACCCAGGAUCACGAGCGGAGAGGAGGCGUCAGAGUCGUCGCCUGACUCGGCAGACGAGUACUCCGCCAAGAAGAGGAGCGGGACGCCUGGCAAGCUCGGCGUGGAGCGUCACCGCGUCCGCCCUGCGCUCAAGUCGAGCACCUUUUUAACACCAGCCAAGUCGCCGCGACACCCCUUCACUCCGGUCCGCCAGGUCAUGGGCUCCUCCGAUUACUCGAGCCCCUUCGGAGGCAGCACGGGUUCUAACAAAUCCCUGAAGUCGGCGUCGCAGCGACAGUUCAUCCGCCGGCAUAGCCCGGUCAAGCGCGGCGGCUCUACACGCCGGCUGUACGAGCACCAGCGCUCUCCGUCUUAUGCCAGCACCAGUAGCGCCGGUUACGGUGUCGGACGGUAUGGCACUAUCAGCCGACUAAACCACGCUCGUAACGACAGCGUGCGCUCGAUCGCGUCUGACUUCCUAAACCUGAAUGAACAGCGGACGCUUGACGCCGAGCUCGGCAGCAACUUCAACAUCUCGCCUGCCACCUAUGACAUCCCGCGCAUGCCCGACUCGUCGUUGCAGGAGGACUCGCUGCUGUUAAAGUCUUUACAGCCGUCGCCGAUGCGCUCCGACGCCGGCCGAGGUGCGACGUCAGGCUCGCUAACCCCGCUGCAUGGCAAGGCGCACGCCACCUCCAGCUCGUUAUUCACGCCGUCGGGCUCGAUGCGUAUCGUGUCAUCGUCCUCCACUGCGUCGCCUGCCAAGUUUGUGCUCGCCGGCAAGCUCGCUGCUCCCGAGGACUCGGACCCGUACGACACGUUCUCGGACGGCUACACGCGACGCAUGCGCCUCCGCUGGUCCAAGAACCUGGAGGAGUCGCGGUCCCCGGAGAAAUCGCUGGCGGCAGAGGUGGACCAGUCGCUGGGCACGCCGUGGGAGGGAGACGCAACGGCCGACGAGAGUCGGCUGGCGGUGCCCACGCUCGAGUUCUCUGCUCCGACGCCGAGCGACACACUCAGCAGCCUGGACAUGUCGGUCAUGGUGCAGGACCCGUGGGACGAGUACAGCGACCGGGCGACACCCUCGCCGCGCGGCCGCAACCUCAAGCCGUUAAUCUUAUGCAACCGGCCGGAGCACGCGCGCCGCUCGUCACUAGCCAUGAAGCGGCUGUCAGCCGCUGCCAACGGCAACUCGAUCGCGGUCGCGGCUGCUGAACGCAGUGAACGCAGCGGCCGCAGCGAGCGCGAGCGCGCACAGUCAAAGCAUGCGAGUGCCGUCGUGAAGGAUGCUACGAGCAUCCCCGGCCGCGUUAUGCACGACUUCAUCUGCUGGAUGCUCAUCCUGCUCGAUUACAUCGAGUGGGCCAUCAUCCUCCUGUACCGCCUUGCGGUGGACGUCGCCGCGGGCCCGGAGCGCCGCCGCCCGCGCGCGAAGAGGUACUACCUCUAG